UUGUUUUUCUGUGAGAUGGCGCUGUAAGCGUUCGCAAUGGAGGACGCCGCAGAGCAAGCAGUUCGUAGGAGGGAAAUUAGAAGAAAGAAGAUAUUGGAAAACUCUGAUGCUCGAUGGAUGAAAAUUAUGGGUCAAGAAAAGCACCGUAGUCAAGAUACUCCGAAAGAGGCAAGCAUUUCUACACAGAUACAAACAAAGCAGGAACCACUUCUGACGUCAUCUGAAACUAGGUGCACAAGCUUAGGAGACCAAACGAGAUUGUCCUACUCGCUGGGCGAUGCAGCAUCGCAGUUCUUGUCUGAAGACAUCUCUGGGACUGUAGGUGGCAGCACUGUGAGUGGCUCUCGGUUGUCUGAAUCACGCACACGGUCAUUGGAUGAAACAGCAGCAGCAGCAGCAGCAACAGCAACAGCAGCAGCAGCAGCAAAUGGAGCACCACGACUAGCAUGCUCACAGCGGUCAGCCUCGUAUUCGUUCCCCAAGAAGGUGUCGGAUGCAGAGUCACGGUCCUAUGCCCGUUGCCGAUCGGACACCCGAGGCACAGAUGAAGGGACAUUAAACUGGCUUUUAGAGCUGCUGGGCCCCUGCGGCCCAAGUCUGGUGCGAGCCUGGCUGCUGGGCCUGGUAGCUACAUGCACACGGCUCUGGCUGGCUGUGGGUGCUGCUGCUCUGGGUGGCCCACAGACGAUACUGCUGCCUUUCUGCCUUUUGGAAACAGCGAUGUAUAGCUUUCACAAAUUUGGCUCAAAACCCAGCGUUUCCCAGCGGCCUAUGCGAUCCACAGCUGCACCGCUAGCGUUCCUGGCUACAGCCUUGGUUCUUUGUGGUAUUUCCCCAAAGGUCUCGUCACGAACCACGACCUGCUUACAACUUGUGGCUGAUGUGAUGGUGGACCUGAUGGUGUACACCUUUUCCUUUGUUGUUUUUCAUGUAAUUUUGGACGAUUGGGUCGGCUGAGCAGUGCAGCUGAAAGGUGCCAUGAAGUACAUCUAAACUGUGCAGCUCAUCAUUGAGGCCAAGGAACAAACUGCAUCAGUGUGCCUACUGAAUGUCUGCAGGGUUUAUGGCUGCCAUAGACUACCACAGGCCAAGGUGACAUCUGUGCUAUGUUGCAGCAGAAUUUGACUUGCAGUGAAAGAACCGUGAGAUGUUUGUGGCAGCCAUGAGUGUUAGUGUGUGUAACUUGUGUGUCAUGACUACAAGAAGUCUAUGUGCUUGCAGCAUGUGGAACAGAAUAGUGACUGAUUACUGUACAGCCACUGUUAUGAGGAUUGUUGCAGGGCAUUUAUCUUUUGUGCUAAAAAGAAUGAAUGACAUGCAUAUGGAUAAUGUCAGCAGCUAGUCUGUAUUUGUUCUUGUCUAUGUAACAUUAAAGAAAAAGUUCUCAUUUCCCCAUUGUGUUUUGAAGACCUUAAAAUACUGUUCUAAUGUGUAUGGGGGACCUCAUGUGGUUCCUGCAUGCUUCAAUGUUCCAGAAAACAUUAGCCCUAAUUAUUGCAAAUGUAGAACAUUUCAGGUAGUGAAUUUUUUCCACAGCAUUCGCUCUAAAAUAAUGGUUGUAAAGUUAUAUACAAUGAACAAAGCUGCUGACAUGAUCCCUUGACAUCUCUUGCUUAGCACAAAUGAGAUUAUGUACCAAGCUAAUGAAUAAUCCUGAAGUUCACUUUCUUGCCAUUGUCAUUUGCUCUGCAGGUAUUGUAAAGAAAUGAUAUGUCCUUUCGGCAUUGUGUAGCAAACAUGAUUAUUCCUGAGUGAAAAAGUAGAAAAUUGUGGAACUAACGAAUAGUCAUGCCUUGUUCAUUUGAUUUUGCUGCCUGUUUCUAAGUGAUGUUUCCCAUCUCGUGCAGUAACAUUGAAGGACGCUUGUUCUUGCAGGCAGCUUACUGCAGAUUGCCAUAGGCUGGACAGGCAACAGUAACAGAUGUAAUAUUCAAGGCAAUAUGUACAUUGUUUUGAAAACUCCUGUGUGAUUUAAAGUGAAAUUAGUGUUAAUGAACACUGAAGCAACUCAACCUCUAGAAAAAUUUACUCUGAAAAAAAAUAUGCUUUGUGGUUGCAGUUUAGAGUUCACUCAUACAAAUGGAUCCACUUCUGGCCCUCAUGCUCACAACUCUGCGGUGAUUGAUUCAAUUCGGAAGGAAUUUUGAAAGUUGACAAAGUUUUGAGUGGAUGAAGUACGUUGUAAAUGAAUGAGUGCACAAUUGCAUGAACAUGCUUGAAUCACCUCUAGGUGAAAUUGUGAUCUAAUGAUUAGACACAAGAACUGAGUGGUUCCAUAAUUAAGUGCUCUUGAAUACGGCUUAACUCUGAAGCCUUUGUUGUGUGUGCUGAAUCCAAGACGGCACCGUUCUGCCUUGCAGGAUAACAAAAACAACAUCAUUUGAAUGCAUUGUGGCUUUGCUAUAUUUAAUGCUUCUGGUAUAAUGUGCCACUAAACUGGCAUCAUUUGCAGUGCUGUGAUGUGGGACCAAAUGAACGAAAGAAACCCUUGACAGUCACGUGGAUUCGAAACCUGUUCUAAAAUGAGAGUAUAAGUUCAGCUGGAGAGUUAUUGGUGAGAGAAUUCAUGAUAAAUUAAUAAGCUAUUUUGGGUGUAUGCAUUGGUGUAUGUCAAUGCUGUGUGUCUCUGGUUGAAGUGUUAACACUAAUUGAAAGCAUUACAUGUGAAUGAAUGAUAUACGAAGCAGGAUAUGGGAGCAUGAGUGAAGCUGCUCUUGGUCUGCCAUAACGGAGUCCUGUCAUUUCCCAAUAAUAUGCUGGCUAAUUGUUUUGACAGCUUCAUAGUAAUUGUGAUAGAAUUUCCAUAAAUUCUUUCCUAGCAUUGAUUACUUGCAAUUUAUUUAUAAUGCAGGACAUGAUGUGAAAAAUGUUAAAGCUGUGAUUUUUUUGUCGUGUGUGUUGUAUAUUGCAUGAUAUGGUUAAGCUUCUUGAUAAAUAAGGUGCUCUCUAAAUUCUGAGCCUGAGUUUUUGGCGGGCUAAUUAUUUUUUUGGAGGCAUGUUAAAAACCUUACCAUUUUUUUUCAAAGGCACUUAUAUGUGCUACAAUAAUGUGGAAAUAGCUCACGAUAUGAACUGCUAUGUUGUUUGUUGAGCGCGAAGUGACAGUUGUACGGGUUAACUUUUUUUUUCAGUAUGUGAUUUUUUUAAAUAUAUUUAAUAAAAAAGGGUGAGUUGAUCAAGCACCAUUGUAAGCACUGCGAGAAGUGUGCAUGUGUCUUCAGGCAGCAAGCAUAAUAACUUGUGUUACAAAAAAUUGCUGGUCAUUCCAAUUCAUUAUUUUUUUAAACUUGUCACACUAUUGGUAUGGUUUUGCAAGGGAAAACCGUCUUUAAUUAGCUUAAACGUCCUUGCCCAGUACAUUUGUGUGCAUUUGGAUGUGUGUGUGUGUUCUUUUCCUCUUUCUUUUUUUGCUUGUCGGUGCACAGUUUGCUGUCAUGCAGUAUAAAUCAGGUUUUAGGGAUGACUUCAGUUGUUUUCUUUAAAAUUGUUAAUAGAAUUUGUUAUUUGUUACACUAACACAGGUCUGAUUGGGCAACACAUACCUUUAGUUUUUGUAAUGAAGCAAUAUUCAAAGCACAUACUCGCACAGGAAAAAUAUGGGGUGGAACUUUAAAAAAUUAGUCGCACCUGAGGCCCUCCAUUUGCUGCAGCUGAUCACUGUUAGCACUGUCUUUCUGUAUUAAAGGAAAAACAUAAUCUCAAGGGCUUCAUUAAGAUUAUGUUUUGGUGCUUCUAUUAUGCCAUAUUUAUUGCCUGUAUACAUGCAGAUCACUAGAAAUGCUUAUUUUUUAGUGAACUGUUCACAACAGUCAUAACGUAAUGAAACAAUGAGAUGUUCAUCUUGUAAUAAGUAAAGUAAAAGAUUCAUGAAGACAACUACACAACUAAAUUCCUUUCACUCCCCAUAAUACAUGCUAUAGUUUCUGUGACACUCCAAUGUCUGAAUUUGUUGCCAAAUUGUGCAAAAGGCAGUGUGCGUUGCAACUGUCUCUGCAUGUGUUUUGUCAUUCAUUCUCCUGUCCCUCACAAUAUGAAAGCUUAAGAAAUAGAUGAUGAUAAAAGUCAUGCUAUCACUUGUAUUCUUGACCAGUCUGAUUUAGCAAUUCCUCCAUUUUUGUGUGAUGCGUAGCAUCAGCGUGAUCUCCUAUUGUAUCUAAGAGCAGUGUGCUUUGUUUUGGUUGGCCACUUUGUCUGUGCUCAUGAAAAUUGAAAAACAAUGUGAAAAUGGCAAAAGCUGGAAGUGGUCAUGCCAUGAA